UUAAAAAUAUAAUACAAUAUAAUACAUAUUGUUAUUUCAAUUUACAGUACAGUAUGAAGUCUGUCUAUAAAAUAACACAAAAUAAAUUCCUAAAGGGAAUAAUGUGGCAUAAAAAACAUGAGUAUGAAUGUUUAGAUGUGUGUAAGUAGGCCUACAUAAGUAAAAGUUGAAAUCUGCUAAGCUUACUAACAAGUGCUUACAAAAUGACCAAAGGAAAACAGACAAUCAUACCUGUAGAAAACGCUUCAGACUGCCAAAGGUUUUGCUGAGGUCUCAUCUGGUAACCCUCGUUAGAUAGGUGAUUAUCUACAGGUAAGGGAUAAACAAUUGUCAACAAGUUAGGCUACUGCCUAAAGUAGACUUCAAGUAAUCUGUUUAAUUUGAUAUAAUACAUAUUGUUAUUUCAAUUUACAGUACAGUAUGAAGUCUGUCUAUAAAAUAACACAAAAUAAAUUCCUAAAGGGAAUAAUGUGGCAUAAAAAACAUGAGUAUGAAUGUUUAGAUAUGUGUAAGUAGGCCUACAUCAGUAAAUUACUUAUCCGUCAAAUAUGUCUAACCUGCUAUAUUUCUAAAUUAAUCUAAAUAUGCUAAACAAGGGAUGAUCAUACAGUGUGAUAGAAUACAUUGAAACAGUAAAAUAGGCCAACAUUCAAUUAGAGAGUGAAUUUGGUAUACCACAUACAAAUACAAACACUACUUCAUCUAUUUUCAAUACUAAACGCGCAGAACAGCGCUCAUAGAAAGGUAAACACUACACUCUAGUGGUCACACAACGGUACUGCAUUUAGAAUGCGACAAAGACGUUAAAAAGUUCAUGGCUAGUCAUGUUAACUCGUGAAUGCUAGCCAUGCUACAGACGGAACAUAAAACACUCAUCAAACAUAAAAUCAAAACAACAAAUACAAUACAAAUACAAUUGGUUACCUGUAUGGAUCAGUAAAUAAGAUGUUACGGCAGGGCAAUGGAUCUGCUCCGCCUGAACAAAAUAAAUAUCAUAUUAAACGAUUGCACAAUAUCAAGGUCAAACGAAAAUAUUAGCUGCUAGCUGCUACACCAAAUACAAAUCACAAGACAAGUUUAAAAGUAGUGUGAACUUCAGAAGGAGCUACUAACAUUAUAUGAAAGCAAAACAAUGUAUUUUGUUUUAAUAUGGUUGAAGCAAAUAGGCUUACCUGAAAUAAAUCAACAGGACCGUACUGCAGUGCAGCCGCCAACCGCAUUCAUAACCAGAGGAUAACGGCUCAGUCUGACGACAUCGUAGAACUAAAAUUCGCGCUUCCGCUUCACGGCGGCGGGCAGUAUCAGUUGUGGAGCAAGUUGUGAUUGUGCUUCCCGCCCCCUGGUGCCGGGUCCGGGUCGAUGUCUCCAUCACAGCAGUGUGCUUGCAGUGUGCUUGCAGUGCGAUCCUCACGUGUGGCGUGUGUGUGUGUGUCCUCUGGACUCCUCUUCCCUCCUGUAGUCCUGCCAGUCGUGGUAAGCCCUUGCCCUGUUCCAAUUCCCCCUCCCUAAAGAGAGCCCCUAGACAUUGUGUGCUAGCUGACGUGCAACCUCGCUGGUCACCGUAUGUAUUGUGGUGUGCAGGGCCGGCCCUAGCCCAUUGGCUGCCCUAGGCGAUACUGAGAUUUUGCGCCCCCCCACCCCGUAUUUAAUUCCCAAAUUUUAUUGGGGGUUCGGGGGUAUGUCCCCGAGAACAUUUUGUAAAUAUUGUUAUGUAAAUGCAUAAAUUCUGCACACUUUCAGUCAGAGAUUAGGGCCAGCACUAUGCCUAAAACACAUGUAUGUCUCCAAAACAUUCCUCACCUGUUAACCAGACAUGCAUGAAAACAAUUAAAACUCACAGCCAUAGGUUAUUUAGAAUGAUGACUGUAACCGUCAGAUAGGCCUCUGCUAUUGAAGAUUUGGAAUAAUUCACUUGGAAUGUAAUAUGCUAAAUAAUUCUGAUGUUUUCUAAUCUUAUUUGAUUUGAUGUCUUAUAAUUUGGUAUAACUUUACUUAGUUUGAUUACACUGUAGGCCCAACAUGACAUGUUGUUUAAUUAGGUGCAUGUCACUUUAAGACUUUUUAGUUUUUGGUUUAGAACGUGAUUGAAUGAUACAUGGCAUGAGAUGUUUGGAUUUCCACGGUUUUUCUGGCCGUGUUGGUCGUGUCAAUUGUAUGAGUAGCCUAUGAGCUGUGCUGUUUGUUACAAUAAACAUUCAAGAGCAUUAAAUGGAAGACAAUAGCCUACUUUUUAUAAUAACAGGCGUCAGCCAUAGGACUCCUAUUAGCCUAGAUAAGUUUUGUUUAUUGGAAUCGGACCUAGGCCUACAAUGACUUUCUCUUCAGCAUUGUAGUAACAUAUAGCUAACCGUUAAAACGAGGCAGAUAUGACAUCGCAACAAUGUUUACAAUGUAACGUUGCAAAGAUUAUGCAGACUGUUACGAUUGACUGACACACGCUCACACACACAUCAGCCUGUCGAAAUCAUACGCUGGACGCGUAUGAUGCGUCUUUCUACAUGGGUUUAGUUAUCGGGCUAUAAUGAGACCACACUUUUGUUACAAUUGAAGACGCUAGCUCCGCUUUGCAGGCUACUUUGUAAUGACUUUAUGUUUCCAGCGUUUCUUAUUUUGUUAAUCAAUGUUGUUAAAAAAAAGAAAGAAAGAUGCUUUAGGGCGCCCCUCAACCAAUUUGGCGCCCUAGGCGGUCGCCUAGUUGGCCUGUAGGAAGAACCGGCCCUGGUGGUGUGUGUAUGAUCUGUGUCUUCCAUAUGGGUAUUGUGCAUUGAGAUGGCUGUGACCUCUCCAUAGUUGUGUUUUUAUGUUAUAAAUAACAACCUGUCAAUAAAAGUAUAUUUGUGGAAUUUAUGUCUCUAGCUUCCUACGUGUUGCGAACCUGUGUGCCCUAAAUUGGAUGUAAGGGUUAGCAUUGGCUUAAAUUAUUUCCUAGGGGUGACCCUCCCCUAGGUGGCGUAGUCGUCCCUAAAUUAUACUAAAUCUCUUGCCCCUGCUACAUAUAUAAUCAACAAAAAAUGUCCAAAUGUUUGACUGUUAAAGCUAGUUGUAUGAGUGAUUAGCUAUUGCAGACCAUACGGUAUUAUAGCUCACAAUAACCUUUAAAUAGGCUUAUUUUGGUCAUAUCGACUUGAUAAAACCUGUUAUAUAGUUGAUGAACUGCUUAUUUCUUACAUGUCUGAAGCAAUUGGUCCAACACUGAUAUUUGAAGUUGCUGUGUUAACUUUCUUUGGGUGUGAUCGCGGCACAUAAGAAUAAUCCAUAACUCGCAAUCAUAAUUGCUCGUGCAUGCGCUAUAAAAUCAGUUCAUUUUGCCAGAGACGGGUGUUACAACUAACUAUUUUACUGUCUAUGCAACUAACCCGCACAGGUCUAGGUCAUGUUUUUUAUUUUCAUUUAAUUACAUUUGCUGUGACUAUAGAAAUCAAAUGGCACUCAUGUUAACUUGAAACAGAUCGAGGGACUGACGAAAUGAAUGACAUGUGAUUGAAGUCUACACAUUCAAAUUUCAAGCAAAGUGAAACAAACAGAACUGCAGUUGCAGUUUUAAAAAUAGGCUAAUAGCCUACAAAUCGCGAUGCUUGAAUUUGGCACUUUUUUGCUUCUCUGGUUGUAGGCUAUUUACAGUAGACCAUUCAUAUUUGGAUGGCUAUGGGCCUACGAUUGUAGAUAAUUAGGUAGGCUACAAAUGUUUUAUUCUCAAUCUACGGAAACGUAAUAGUCUAUCAAAGUAUCAAUAGGGCAACUUUUAACACGCUCCGCCAGCGCGCCCACUUGGAAUUCACCUAACGUCACCAGGCGCAAAAUUGUCACAGAUUAAUGACGUGUGGGACGCAUUGCACUGGAAUAUCCGAUUUGUCUGUUUAGACUGUAGACACAUGCACACAAAUCCGAUCCAUAUCUGAUUUAAAACCACAUACGAAAGGGGCCUGUAUCCGAUCUGAGGAGAUCGGAAUUCAUGUGUUUUUUUCUGUUUACACUGUCGUGGCACAGAUCGGAUGCGUGCCACAUGAGAGCAAAAAAUCGGAUUUGGGUCACUUCAAACUGGCAGUCUAAACGCAGCCUUUGUGUCAGCAAAACUGUCUCUGUUUUUGUACACCGGACAACAAGUCUACCUGUGCAGCCACCUCCUAUACAGUCAAAAUGAAACUGAGCAUUACCCUUGGUCUUUUGUGCAUGCUCAUAUCUGAAGCGGCUGCACUCACUUGCUACCAAUGCCGUAAUGGCAUCUCUCAGGUCUGCCCAUAUAUUCAAACCUGUGUUGGAAUUUGUGCCAGCAUAACUAUUGUACACAGAUAUCAAGGUAUUCAGGUAAGAGCGAGCAAUGACAGAAAGUGUAUCUCACCGCGUGGGUGCAUAUCAGGGUCAAUAAACAUGGGACUCUAUAAGUCAACAUUGCACACUAAAUGCUGCAAUGAAGAUCUCUGCAAUGAUCAGAUUAUUCCAGAGUUAAAUGAGAGUUAUAUGCCCAACGGUAAGGAAUGUUUCACUUGUGUAGAAGGUGACUGCACAAAAACACUGUCCUGUGUUGGAAAUGAGGACGGUUGCAUUACAGCUCAUUGGUUUGAAAACACCACAAAGGGAUGUGUCUCCUUUGAUUUGUGCUCGGCUAUAAAAACUCACGGGGAUGGCAUUGACACCUGUUGUCAAGGGAAACUAUGCAACAGCGACAAUGGUGGACACCCCACUCAUGAUCCCCUGACAACUCUCUCUGAUGACCACGAUCCUGACCCCCAAUCUGACAACCCUUAUCAUGACCCCCACACUGAGUUAAAUGAGAACAAUACGCCCAACGGUAAGGAAUGUUUCACCUGUAUAGGAGGUGACUGCACAAAAACAUUGUCCUGUAUUGGAAAUGAGGACGGUUGCAUUACAGCUCGUCAAUUUGGAAACAUCACAAAGGGAUGUGUCUCCUUUGACCAGUGCUUGAGUAUGAAGAAAAUUCAAGGGAAUGACAUUGACACCUGUUGUCAAGGGAAACUAUGCAACAGCGACAACGGUGGACACCCCACUCAUGAUCCCCUGACAACUCUCUCUGAUGACCAUGACGAUCCUGACCCCCAAUCUGACAACUCUUAUCAUGACCCCCACUCUGACGGCCACUAUGACCCCCACACUGGCGACCACUAUUAUGACGACGACCCUUGUGAGGGCAUCUUCUGCAGCAGCAGCAAGACCGUGGGGCAGAGUGUCCUGCUCCUGCUGGGGUCUCUACUCUAUCUCCUGCUCGUCCACUGACCGGUCUGCUCCUCAGUGCUCUCAGAUCACACAUCACCUGUCCUCACACUUGUUCAAGUCAAAUGUCCUGCAGAGAUUAAGUAAUGAACCUUCUGCCUUUCUUUCCCCUUUGAAAUGGCCAGUGAUUUUAAGUCACUUUGACUACAAACCUUUCUCUAGAACAGCAUACAGUAUGUUUAACUCAUUAUUAUAUACUUUAGAUUAAUAUUAACAACUAAUAUAUGGCAUCAGCAUAUUACGCAGUUCGUGAUUUAUGUGUAUACAGUAUACAACAUGUUCUUAAUAGAAUACAGUACAUCUAUAUUGAAGCAGAGGUAACAUGUAUUUUGACAUCACCAGUGUAAUAC